ACAGUGACAGCUUUUGUUGUGGUAAACACUGACGGUUACUUGUUGUUUUUGAAUUCAGUCUUAAGUCUUUGGCUGGCGAAGUAACUAUUGGAAUAGUGACGUUGUAUUUACAUGUGAUUGUGUAUAAUAUUUUCGAAUUUUAGCACAUGCAUUGCUUCUAAUGACUUUAGCCUGGAGCACAAAAAGCGAGACUGAAAAUCUACUAAUGGAACUGGAGAAGAACACAAACAGAAAGAGGGAGGUGCCUCAAAGGAAUGCAACAGGAGAACUGAUCCUAGCUGUGAAGCGUGGGAGGGUGAAGUACGUGCAAGAUCUGUUGGCAGCCGGAGCAAAGAUCACGGUGCGGGACAGGAAGGGGAACACAGCCCUGCACUGGGCGGCACAAGGGGGAAAUGAGGAGGCUGCCAGGUAUCUGCUGCGAGCCGGGGCCAACAUGGAGGCUGUCGACAGCUGGUGGCGGCAAACGCCAUUGCACAGGGCUGCAGAGUGGGGCCACGAGGCAGUGGCGAAGAUGUUGCUGAUUGCCGGUGCUGACCCCGACAUCUGCGACGGGGAUGGGAGGACGUCACUACACUUGGCGGCUUUAGGUGGCCACGUGGGGAUGGUGACAGUGCUGCUGGCAGCGAGUGCGGACCGGGGCAUCAAGGACUAUGGAGGGAGGAUGCCUGUAGACAUGGUCAGGGAGAAGGACAGGGAGCAGCUGUUGCCCCUACUCAGAUGUUGCGGUAUUGGCUUGAAUGUGCCCACAAGUGAACUUCUGGAGAAGAAAAUCCAGUGGUAGGCACUGGAGUACUUCUACCUCAGCAUCCUGUGUUCCUCAAGCUGCCCUGCGCCAGACAAGCUGGAUCCACGUGCAGCACCUGCAGCAACAUGGACAUGACGUCGAGUGGAAUUUUCCUAUCACAAUAACGUCGCCCGGCCGAGUGUAUCUGGGCCUCCAGCCCAGCUGAGAUUACUUGCACUGUGGAUGAGCUUCUCAUCAGCUGGAUUGAGGCCUGUCCUGUGCUGACAUCAGUACAGGCUUCUGAUGUGAUCACCAACACCAUCGCGCUGUGCCUCCGCUUCAGUUCGGACUUCAGCCAGAGCACUGAUGGGGCCUCGGUGCCAGUUGCCUCCUCCAAGUGCACCAUCUACAAGAUGUGCCACAGGUAUGCUACUUCCUGCCAGCCUCGUGCUCUCAGUUAUGGAACGACAUUCGUUCCUGUGGAGGUGCUCCACACCAGUGGGGCCCUAGCCCUCCAUUGUCUCAGGAGGUCACAGGUCACACCAGGUCUGGGUCACCACUGUCAGUACACGUACUGGCUGCUAGUCCACACCAGCUGAGAUGACACUACCCACUCAGCAAGUCUGCUCCGACCAGCUGCCAUCACCACUGCCGACAUCGCAUUCUGCUGCCAACGUGGCCGACAUUGCAGUCUACCACCAUAGUGGUUCCCGACUGCAGACACUCACAGACUCCGAUGUAUAGAAUGUGUAGUCAAGAAAGCUGUUUAUGGUCUGAGAGCAUUCUCUGGUCUUGCUGACUCCACAGACCCACCUUUACUCUCUCUCUCUCUCUCUCUCUCUCUCUCUCUCUCUCUCUCUCUCUCUCUCCCUCUCCAAGAUCACCUGCGUUCAACAUCCUGAUGGUCAGGUGGCCUUCCUGCUGUCAUUGGAUGACUACGUAGUGGUCAGCAACCCAGGCAUUCUGGCAUCAGAAAUUGUGCUGGAAACCGGUGAGCAACAUCAUAAGGCAUCAAUCUAUGAUGACACUUUCUCAAGUGAGUAGCAGCGUGUGUGUUUUAUGAAUGCAUGUGGUUCUUGUAGCAUUUGUUCCUCAAGUUUGUCCUCACUCCUGUUUCUUAUUAUUUCUGGCAUAGUUUCUGGUCGCAUUGCAACCCAGAUGGGGGCUAACAGUUGCGGUUCGCGUGUGGUCCUUUCUCUCCGAACUGGAGUCCUUCCCUUUACCACCUCUACUUGUGGACCGUUCAUAUAUGCCUCCAUGGCGUACGCCUCAUCCACACCGCCCCAUCUCACCCUGUGUCAGACCGCCAGGCAGAACAUUUUGUUUGGACAUUCAGGACCCAGCUGGAUAAGCUGCUGUGCCAUCGCUCGCUGGAGGAGGCUGUGCUACUUUUUUUGGCCACAUACUGCUCCACCCCGCAUGCCAGUAAAAGUCCACCAGAGAUACUCCACGGUCGACCAUUCUGCUCUCCCUUAUCUGUUCUUGUCCCCAAGACUCCUCUCCCUCCAGCCCACACUCCAGCACUUUCCUUCCAGGGUGGGCAGGAGGUCUGGGCGCAGAUCUUCUUUCAUCCACAGGUGCACUUGGCACCUGCCGUCGUCACCAAACUCUGCAGCUUGGCGAUGGCAUCUCUCUGGUGGGCCGAUGGUUCCGGCACCUCAACCAGCUCUGCCCCCAUCUGGUGGACCAUGACACCCCUGGGGAGCUGGGAGAUGCCAGUGCCUGUCGAUGGCCGCCCUGUGAUGGAACUUCCGCUUCUGCCUCAGCCUCUGCCUCCACUGCCAGCUGCCCCUGCUCUGGCGCCACGUCCACAAACCUAUGGACGUCGACCAGCACACCCCCACUCCUGUGGACGUUUGUGGUGCUGUGCAUUAUUUUUCCAGGGGGAGAAAUGUCGCAACGGCCCCUUAUCAGUUACGAGGGUCCGCACAACAGACAAGCAAGGUAGGCUGCCGACCUUCCUUCAAGAGCUCAUAUCAAAACAUCGCCAGUGAAUGUGAACAUCAACAGACCUUCUCCAUAAACACAGCACUACUUCAUGAAAAGCCAUGUGUCAAAGAUCCACCAAUUGGAACUAAUGUGACUAAGUGUAGCACUCUGCAGAAUCAGUGUUAUAAGCAUGCCAGCAGAGUCAGACCGGCAGAGUGUACCUACAAUUGGGACAGCUCCGGCCAAUACCUAUACCGGCUCUAGCCUGGUAGUCACUCGCCGUAGUCUUCUGUAGAAAUUUGUAUCUUGUUAGGCAUAAUGCCGCUUUGGAACUGUGUAGUGUAGCAUUUUGGUUGUUGUUAUUUCUUUUCAUUGUCUUGUAACUUUUAUCUGGCUUUUGCCACCACAAGAAUUAUUGUGUUUCCUGUUGUUCUUGAGUUUGGAAAUUAGUGUGUAUCAAGAAGGCGAUUUAGUUAAAUAAAGUGUGUUCAAACAUGAUC